AUGACGGCGGAGACUGUAUGUAUGGCACUUUGGACUCAUUGGAUAGCGCGCUUCGGCUGCCCUAAAAUCAUUACAACCGAUCAGGGCUCCCCGUUUGAGUCGUCACUUUUCAAAUCACUGUCGAAUAUGGUGGGAAGCGAACAUAUUCACACCACCCCAUACCCCCCGCAACCCAAUGGCAUGGUAGAGCGGUGGCACAGAUCGUUGAAAGCUGCGUUGAUGUGCAGUCCGGAGACACAGUGGACAAAACUACUACCAACCGCCUUGCUCGGUCUUCGUACGUGUUUCAAGGAGGAUCUUCAGACUUCAGCUGCUGAGAUGUUGUAUGGUUGCACGCUUCGCCUCCCCAACGAAUAUUUUUUCGAUAUAGACACUCCAUCUAAUCCGGUAGAGGUCUUCAACAAUGAAUGUUCGCACGUAUUUGUCAGAACUGACAGCCUUAAGCAACCAUUAGAACCGCCAUAUUCAGGACCAUUUCAGAUUGUUGCCAAGCCUUCGGACAGGGUUUUCGUUGUACGUAUCAAUGGUAAGGAUACGGCGCUAUCAAUUGACAGACUGAAGCCAGCAUUUGUAACAAAAUAUGAUCCCAAUCCUGCCGAGGAUCAGUCCUCACAGCUCAUAUCUUCGAAAAUGCGACUUAUUAGAGGCAACAGCGGUCCUAAUUUUGAAACCCUUUGGUUUUUCUAG